UAGUUUCUUGUUUGUGAGAGUGAGUGAGUGAAUAAUGGAGUGAGAGAGAGAGGGAGAAUUUUCUCGACACAUGUCCUAAAGCACAUCGUUUCUUUGCUGCCUUUGCGCCCUGAUUACAGAGACAGGUGCGUGCUGCACGCUGAGGUUUUAAACGCGAGGGUGGAGGCGACGUGGAAGAUUUGACGAGGCAACAGUCGAGUUCCACUCACUUUUAUUCUGCUUUCGCCUGCUUCGAUAUUGAGUGAUUGUUCUCUGAAGGGGGUCCAAGCCUUUCAAAGGCGGGUGUACCAGAACCCCGCGGACUGCUCGAGUAGCAUUAGCCCUACUCAAACUGUGAUUAUGCGCCAGUUUUUUGCUUCAUCUGGGAAAAGGCACAUAGCAGCUCCGUGACGACGCAGGUUUUUGGAAAAGGAUGCAAUCGAUUUCUUACAGAGCAAUAUCACUGGAUUCUGAGGGCGUGCUCUGCUUUUGAUUAAUGCAUCAAGGAACUCAUCUGCCCACUUAAAAUGCCGUAGCCUCAGGAAUAUGGACUGUUUCAUACUGUGUCUGUUUUAGCCAGAAGAAAAUUGCCUCGUUUCUUCUCUUUUUAGAGACAUGUCAAAUAGUCUAUGAUAUUUAUAAUUAAUUUUAAACCAGUGGUUCUUGCGGCAGCAGUAAUAGUCGCGACAGUUAUCACAGAAACAGGCACACCAUGAGAGAAUUUAAACAGAAGCUGAUGUUUGUAUGUUACCGAAAAAAAGCCAAAAGAAUAGCGGUCCAACUUGAACGCUGUAAGACAGCCGGAGGCAGAUUCGAGAGAAAGGAACUAGGGGAGUCCGUGGGUACGGUGCCCUCCUUGGUACCCCCGCUUCCCAAACCGGAAGAAAUGACCUGGGGGCAGUGGAAGAAACAGUGGAUUAUGAUUGAGAAAUUAUAACAUUAACUUUUCAGGGGGACAGAAACUACAUGAAAUUAUGGCUUCUGUUACGUUUCAGUGAGAAGACUAGUGUCGUAUUUUAAUGUGUAUAUGUUCUUAGCUCAAAUUGUGAUUUUGCAGCACUUAAAUCUUUUCCCAUGGACGGAUAGGCUAUCUUAUGAAAACUGCUACGGUGCUUUGCCUUCUGGAGAAACUGACUGACAGCAAUUAAAAACCCUUAUGUCGUUUUAGGUUUACUAAGGAUAAUUCGUACUUAAAUAGAGCAGACCAAUUGUACUUACAAGGGACUGUUGGAUUACAGUAGGUCUAUUAUAUGUACGAUAUUGAUAUAUUAUUAACUCGCAAGGAGAAAUUUCCACUUGAUGUUGAGAAUGUUAAUGAAAUUGCCAUAAUUUUGAUUGAAUGAAGGGGAAAGACUGUUGCAUCCGGCGAAGCAGUUAGGCUACAUUUCUAUGUCGAACUGAGAAAAUACAGAAACGCAAUGAUACACGUGCAUGACGUACUGAGAACUGACUGCCCUCAUCAGCAAAGUGAUGUGAGCUGGCAGAACUGUCGGCUCGUUUGAGCUCAAGAUGUACCUCAAGUACUACUUUUUAAUUUGACUACCAGCACCACAUCUUGAGGACAGCUCCAUUACCUGACACCCAGAGCACGCUGGUGCUCCUAGGAGCCACUUUGCCCCUGCGAGGCAGACAAGCAUGGAAACCCCUCCCAAUGCCCCUUCUCAACCCUUCCGACAGCCUAGUUUUCUGAGUCGCCGGUUGAAGGGCUCAAUUAAGAGGGCAAAGAGCCAACCCAAACUGGACCGUACCAACAGCUUCCGCCACAUGAUUCUCCCACGGUUCCGCAGUGCCGACCAAGAGAGGACUCGUCUGAUGCAGAGCUUUAAGGAGUCGCACUCCCACGAGUCCUUGCUGUCCCCCAGCAGUGCGGCAGAAGCUCUGGACAUCACCUUGGACGAGGAUGCCAUCAUCAAGCCGGUCCACUCCAGUAUUCUAGGACAGGAGUACUGCUUUGAGGUGACCACUGCCUCAGGGACAAAAUGUUUUGCCUGCCGUUCAGCCGCAGAGAGGGAUAAGUGGAUUGAGAACCUUCAACGUGCUGUUAAACCUAACAAGGACAACAGCCGACGAGUCGACAAUGUUCUCAAACUGUGGAUCAUCGAGGCUCGGGAUCUGCCGACGAAGAAGCGCUACUACUGCGAGCUGUACCUGGACGACAUGCUCUACGCGCGCACCACGAGCAAGCUGCGCACCGACACGGUCUUUUGGGGGGAGCACUUCGAGUUCAACAACCUCCCAGCCAUCCGCAGCCUCCGCCUGCACCUGUACAAGGAGACAGACAAGAAGAAACGCAAGGAGAAGAGUACUUACCUCGGCCUGGUCAGCAUCCCCAUCUCCAGCCUCACCGGUCGGCAGUUUGUGGAGCAAUGGUACCCCGUCAUCCAGCCCAGCAUCCUGACCAAAGGGGGCGGGGGCGGGGGCAGCAAGAUCAUCAACGCCUCGAUUCGCCUCAAGUCGCGCUACCAGACCAUGAGCAUCCUGCCCAUGGAGCUGUACAAGGAGUUCGCCGAGUACGUCACCAACAACUACCGCACGCUCUGCACCGUGCUGGAGCCGCUGCUGAGUGUCAAGAGCAAAGAGGAGGUGGCCUGCGCACUGGUGCACAUCCUGCAGAGCACGGGGAAAGCAAAGGAUUUUCUGUCAGACAUGGCAAUGAGCGAAGUGGACCGCUUCAUUGAUCGAGAACAUCUCAUCUUCAGGGAUAACACCCUGGCUACGAAAGCCAUAGAGGAGUACCUCAAACUAAUCGGACACAGGUACCUCAAGGACGCCAUAGGGGAGUUCAUUCGAGCGUUGUACGAGUCCGAGGAGAACUGCGAGGUGGACCCCAUGCAGACUCCGCCCUCUGUGCUGCCGGACCGCCAGGCCAACCUCCGCAUGUGCUGCGAGCUGGCACUAUGUAAGAUCAUCAACUCCCAUUGUGUGUUCCCCCGCGAGCUAAAGGAGGUGUUCUCCUCCUGGCGGGUGCGCUGCGCUGAGCACGGGCGCGAGGACAUCGCUGACCGCCUCAUCAGCGCCUCGCUCUUUCUGCGCUUCCUGUGCCCGGCCGUCAUGUCGCCGUCGCUCUUCAACCUCACGCAGGAGUACCCAGGGCCGCGGACCUCGCGCACGCUCACUCUCAUCGCCAAGGUGGUGCAGAACCUGGCCAGCUUCUCCAAGUUCGGCGGUAAGGAGGACUACAUGUGCUUCAUGAACGAGUUCCUGGAGAUGGAGUGGGGCUCCAUGCAGCAGUUCCUCUACGAGAUCUCUAACGUGGACUGUGGCAGCAACGCCAGCCCCUUCGAAGGCUACAUCGACCUUGGCCGGGAGCUCUCCGUGCUGCAUAGCCUUCUCUGGGAGGUCAUGGCUCAACUCAGCAAGGAUGCCAUACUGAAGCUGGGGCCCUUACCCCGGCUACUGAACGACAUCAGCGUAGCCCUCAGGAACCCGCAGCUUCACCGCCAGGCCACCCAGCAGCCGGAGCAGAGGCCGCCCGACCGGCUGCUCACACGCGCCGCCACGAGCUUCAACCACAUGGUCUCGUCCGACUUCCAGAGCCUCAUGAUGAGGGACCUCAACAGCUCCAUAGACAUCUCUCGACUGCCCUCACCCUCCUCUGGGAUGCCCUCGGGCCUCGCUCACAUGGGCAUGGGGCCAUACAGCGAGCGGGACCACCGGGCGUCGUCCAAAGACCUGUUCUACGUGACCCGCCCGCCUCUGGCUCGCUCCAGUCCGGCUUACUGCACCAGUAGCUCAGACAUCACCGAGCCUGACCAGAAGGUGCUCAGUGUAAACAAGAGUGUGUCCAUGAUGGACCUGCAGGACUCGCGGAUGAACAGCAUCUCCAACCUGCACUCGGGCGACAUGCUGAACUCCUCGCAGGCCUCACUGGCUGGGCUGGGCAGCUUCGGAGUCCUGCGAGGCGGUGGCCGCACGUCGGCAGGCUCGGGCGCGUCCAGCAUGUCCGGCGGGCUGCGUCUGAGCCACGGCGUCACGUCGGACGCCCUCUCGCAGCAGCAGCAGCAGCAGGCGGCCGCCAUGCACGUGCCGCUGUCCUUCCAGAACCCUCUGUUCCACAUGGCCGCCGCCGACGGGCCGCUGCUGCACCACGUCCAGGCGCAUGCGCACGGCCACGGCCACGGCCACGGCCACAGUCACGGGCAGCCCCACUCGUACCCGCCACACCCCCAGCCGCCAUCGCAGCCGGCCCCGGGCCCCCAGCCACACCCGCCGCCGCUCCUGCUGGCCCCCGAGCCCGAGAAUGGACCGCCGGGGUACAUGCCGGCGUUCGGACGCGGCGGCUUCUCGCGCAGCGAGGACCACGCGGGGAUGCGGCCGCAGAGCAGCCUGGUGCAGCCCAGCAUCAUCCACUCGCACAGCUACAGCGACGACUUCACGCGCCAGAACCAGGACGCCGAGUACGUGCGCCGGCAGCUCUCUCUGCAAGUGCAGGAAAAUCUCCAGCAGCAGGUUCUGAUGGGAAUGGCUCCGUCCACGGCCACAGGCAUGGGCACGCCCGCCUCCAUCGCCACCCCCCCGACCACCAUCCACCCCGUCCGCCAGGCGUCGGUGUCCCCUCUGGCCCCCCCGCCUCCACCGCGCAUCAAGCCCCAGCCGCCGCACCAGCUCUCCGUCGGCUCCGCGGCCACGUCCACACCCAAAGCCCGGCCCCAGAGCGGCAACCUGCUGCAGUCCCCCGAGUCCAGCUACGGGGCCCGGCCCCAGCCCCGGCAGCAGCUCUCUGUCAAGGACAGCCCGGCCCCAGGGCUCCCGCACCAGCCCAGCGUGGCUCAGGAGACUCCGGCCCAGGAGGGGGCGACAGAGAGCACGGACACGCCGAAAAAGAACCAGACUGCUAAGUCUCCCCAGCAGCAGCAGCUGCUUAAGCCGACCAACGCAAAGCCGGGCGCUAAAUCUCCAUCCACACUGACCCCCUCCAGUGCGGCGUCGGAGCGCACGGUGGCUUGGGUCUCCAACAUGCCGCACCUCUCGGCCGAUAUCGAGAGCCUGCGCGUGGACCGGGAGGAGUUCAAGCUGAAGGAGCACUCCAAGAGCAUGGAUGAGUCCCGCCUUGAGAGGGUGCGCGAGUACGAGGAGGAGAUCCACUCGCUCAAGGAGCGCCUGAUGAUGUCUCACCGCAAGCUGGAGGAGUACGAACGCAGGCUGAUGUCGCAGGAGCACCAGACCAGCCAGAUCCUCCAGCAGUACCAGUGCAGGCUGGACGACAGCGAGAGGAAGCUUCGCCAGCAGCAGAUGGAGAAGGACUCACAGAUCAAAGGCAUCAUCAAUCGGUUAAUGGCGGUGGAGGAUGAGUUGCGCACUGGCCCCGUGCCGGAGGUGAAGACUCGUCUCUUUCCUGAGCAGGAAGAGCAAUACUCCUCCCUGGGCUCUGUGGACCCCUGCCACGUGCCGGGGGGGAUCCCUGGUUCGGGACCCUCCUCCCUGGGCACGUCCUCGGCGGGGUCCCCCUGGAACAGCGCCCUCCCCCCGCUGCCCCCCCGCUUGCUAAUCAGCCACAAUGGCGGCCUACCUUCGUCAGGCAUCGCCAUGACGGCGGGGAGCACGGCAACCUGGAACACAGACAGAGCGCCAGGCUUCACCGGGGAACGUGUAGCCUGAGGGACGCUGAGCAACAGCAACACCUAACUCCUCAGUGUUGAAUUUGUACCUGAGGCUGGAGACACAAUUCAACCAUAAACACAUACAUACUGUACAAACAUACAUACAUACAUACAUACAUACAUACAUACAUACAUACAUACUGUACAUACAUACUGUACAUACAUACAUAUUGUACACACAGUACAAGUACAAGUACAAGUACAUGAACACACAUUACAGAACUUAACAAGGAACUUCAGUGCUUCAACCACCCAAAUACACACAUAAACAGAUACAUAAACACACACACACACACACACACACCCACCUACACACAAACACAACAAUGCAAAUGCAUGCACAUACAUUGACAGGUUCGUCUAUAGGAUUCUUCUGGAGCCAGUAGAGCUAACAAAGAAACUCUCUCAGAAACUGCUCUCAGUUGGCGAAUCUGUGAGCACAUUUGAAUUUGCUCAGCAGAUCUGUCUGGCAAACACUUAUCUGGACAUUGUCCAUUAAGCCAAAUCCUUUCCAAAGCAUCUUUCUUGUCUCCUUUCAAAGAAAAUGCUAUUUAAAAACUGAUACCAUCAGCGCACCAUUAGCAGUGCCAGCCAUCCUCCUCUGUCUGUUGUUAAAGUUGUCAAAGUUAAUUGUUAUAUUGUGCAAAGCCCGCCCCAUAACAGAUAAGCGGUUGUGAUUGGUUUUCUGGAUUGUUGGUGAGAUUGGUUGGUUGUGAAUGGUUUUCUGGAUUGUUGGUGAGUCGGAAAUGGGCUGGAAUGGGAGCAUUGCCAGACGAUUCUGCUGAGCAAAUUCAAAUACACUCACACAGGUCCAUCUGGGUUCAGUAAUAUUAGUAAAGUAAUAGUAUUACAGUAAUAUUUCAUAUUGCCCAUACUGUAUGUAUCGAAAGCCUUUUUUUUUAUUUUCAGAUAAAGGCCAAUGAUACAAAAAUGCUUAAUCUAGGUUUACAUUGGUCUACAGUGUAUCGAUAUUCUGCUUGUCUCACAGUCCAAAUGGAAAUGUUGCAUGGAUAAAUGGUGUAUGACAACACAUUUUAUAAAAUUAUGACAGAUUAGGGGCCACGCAUUGCACAACAGUCUUAUCUGUGCGACACAGAUAAAAAAAAAGUGUUUCAAUCCGUUUCAUCAGCCAGAAGAGUGUGGGCAUGUGCAGGCUAUGUGAGCAUGCUCCAACUAGUUUACUUGUUUGUUUACUUGUUUGUGUGCAUUUGUAAGGGUUCUGUUUGCUAACGUGUGCGUUAACGGUUUUGACGUACAUAAGUAGCUUUUUUUUGGCAGUGAUUUGAAGCCAUGUCACUCCACCAUGUUAUGAAGGUGUCUGAACCUCAGAGAUAAAAAAAAAAAAAAGCUAACUCCCCCUUAACUGCAAACAACUUUUGGAUAUAACAAUGUUUCACAAGAUUAUAUUAGACAGGGUAAAGUUAUGUCUGGAGGAAUAUACGGAACGCAUGAAUGGACUGUAACUAUCGUGAUCCUUCGCUUAAAGGAACGGCUAAUAGAGUGCUCACUGUGUACAUUAUUCCUUUUUUCAGAAUGACCUCAAUGGACUGCAGUGGUUUAAAAGCUGAAUGAGUGCUAAUGGACAAACAUUCCAUCCUCAUGGGAUUAUACGGCAUGUGCGGAGAUCCAUUAACAUCCGCCUCUACCACUAGCCCUACGACCGCAAGGCCCUGAAAUUUACACACAUGCACUCACAUUAACACUUACACACACACACACACACAUUAACACUUACACACACACACACACACUUACACACACACACACACACACACACACACACACACACACACACACACACACACACACACACACACACUCACACACAAUCUCUCUUUCUCAAGAAUACCAUGACACGACGCAGCCCAUAUGAGCCGAUAUUCCCCUAGACAGUCGCUCCAAAGCCCUUGAAGCUUGAACACGAUUGGUUGCCGCCAUCAGAGGAAAAUAACUGAUUGGCUCUUUCCGGUAUCAGAAGGAGGAUUUUGUGAUUGCAGUAGGGGGAAGUGUAGAGGAUCUAACCUCAAACCACAGACUCUCACACGCUUGACCACUGGCUAACUCGUGAGGGGUGGAGUGAGUACUGCGUUGUCCCCUGGAUAACCCUCCAACAAGCCAAGCCAUCAGAGGACUCGGAGCCAGUGGGGGACAUUUAUUUCUCUAACACAGAUACACUCUCUCUCUCUCUAUCUCUCUCUCUCACUCUAUCUCUAUCUCUCAAACACAGAAAACAUACAAACACACAUGCACAAACAUGCAAACACAAGCACUCACACACACACAAAUGGGUAGGAAGAUUAUAAUGACCCUCUCACACAUGUACAUACAGCUCUCUCGCGCUCUCUCUCUCUCUGUGUCUGUCUCUCUCUCUUUCCUUCUCAGUCUGUUUCUCUCUUUUUUUCUCAGUCUGUCUCUCUCUAUCUCUCUCUCUCUAUCUGAUGUUGAGCCUCAACCCAGACAAUCAGCUUUUUGGUAGUUUAGCCUAGAUUAGAAUUUAAUGUAAUAUUAUUACAGAAAUUAUUCAAAUGAUUAUACAACCCCAAAUCAGAAAAAGUUGGGACAUUGUGUAAAAUGCAAAUAAAAGCAGAAUGUGAUAUUAUACAAAUCUCAUAAACCCAUAUUUAGUUGCAAAAUGGAAAUAGACUACAUGUCAAAUGUUGAUUAUUUCAUGGAAAAUAUAUGUUAAUUUUUAAUUUGAUGCCAGCAACAUGCUUCAACAAAAGUUGGGACGGUGGCAUGUUUACCAUUGUGUUGCUCCACUUCUUCAUUUAACAACAUCCUGUAAAUGUUUAGGAAUUGAAGAGACCAGUUGCUAGAGUUUUGAGAAUGAAAUUCCUCUCAGUCUCAUUCCUGCCUGAUACAGGAUUUCAGUUGCUCAACAUGGGGUAUUCUUAAUCAUGUUUUUCAUUCCAUGAAGCACCUAAUUUGACAGGUCUGGGUUGCAGACAGGCCAUUUUUAGCACCUAGACUCUUCCU